GGUGUCUCCGGGCUCUUUUCCGCCGGCGCACGUGGGUUCCUAAGAAGUUUGGGGCGUGGUGGGGGCGAAGCACGAGUGGACAGUGAGGUGGGGAGUGGACGGCGAGCUCCGGAGGCGACAUCUAUAUCACCAUGCCAAAAUCACUGAAGGUGAAAAGUGCAGGACAACAGAAAAAAGUUAUCCAUCCUUAUAGCAGAAAAGCAGCUCAACUUAAUCGAGAGGCUCACAAACAAGAAAGAAAGGAAAAGUUGAAGAAUGAAAAGGCUUUGCGUCUAAACAUUAUAGGUGAGAAACUGCAAUGGUUUCAAAGUCACCUUGAUCCUGACAAAAGAGAGUAUACAAAGAAAGAUGCUUGUGAAAUAAUAGAGAGUUAUUUACAUCGGUUCGACAGUGAACUGGAACAGAUUGAGUUACAGAACAGCAUCAAAGGCAGACAGGGAAGGAGGCACUUUUCUCGAGAAACAGUCAUCAAACAGACGGUGGAACGUGAGCGGAAACUCUACGAAGGCUAUGGCAUAGAAAUUCCUGACAUUGUGAAUGCAAAAAAUCUGAGAACUUUCAGGGAAUGGGAUGGUGAUCUGAAGAAAUUGCCAAAUAUUAAGAUGAGAAAGUUUUGUGCUAAUGAUGGAAUUUCUAACAAGGAAAAGAAGAAAGAUGUUGUGUCCUCAGAGGUAGACUUGGGGAAAAUAGACAGCCAAGAUGGAUCAGAUGACUCUGAUGAGGAAAUGCCGGAGGUGGCCUAGUUCUAGUUGAGUUGACUGAAGAAGAAAUAAUUACACUGUAGUACUCUCAAGCAUUGCUGGUAAAUAUUCUGCUCAUACAUUCUGUUCUGGCCUACAAAGUAAUAUUUGCUGUGAAGCUUUAAAAGAAUAUGUUAAGUCACAUUUGGAGAAGAAUGCUUCAUAUUUUAAUUUAAGCUAAGAAAAGAAAUGCAUGCUAGUGAUCCUUUUAUUUGAGUGUAUCAGGUUGAGGAAAAAGGAAUUGGUAUAUUAGUUGAUCUUUUUUAUCGUAUAGAUUAUCAGAACUGGAAGGACCUCCUGGUUCUUCUAGCUUAUACCCUUACUAUUCAGGAAUCUCUUCUACAAUAUACCCUUUAAGUGGUCACCCAGUCUGUUGUUGAAGAUGUCCAGUGAGGGAGAGCCACUUGUUUCAAUAGUCAGCUUGGUCCACUUGGGCUUAGCUUUCAUUUUUAGGAACACUUUCCUUACAUCGAGCCUUACCUUCUACCCCCAUUACUUCUGAUUCUAAUUCUGCCUUCUAGCUUCCACAGUGAAACCUAUUCCUUUUUACCGUGAUAGUUCCCAAAAAUACUCCUAAAGUAUGAUAUACCCUUUAUCACAUUUUUUGGUUAGGUAUAAAAAUUUGUUUCCUUAACAUGUUUGUGUAUACCUUAGAAGCUCAGAGCACAGGCUUCACGAGACAGUCAUGACAAACCCAACCCUUUCAUUAUUCUACCACUCUCCCUCCUUUUAUUAGAAGUAGUAAGAAGUACAUUGUGUAGAAAGAAAACAUAUCAUCACUAACAUAUUAAUUGUUGCUUUCACAACCAAAGACAGUGGAAAAAUUAAUAAAAACCACUAGUGUCUUAUGUUAAUUCCUCCUCUUACUAAGUUAAUCAGUCUUUUAACUGGGGCAUUAGUGAAUUCUGGUUGCCUUCUCUAGCUGGUAUAUGAUUUUCUGAUUUCCCAUCAUGAAGUAUGAUAGAUAUUUCUGUAGCAGAAGCAGUCUUAAUAUAGAAGAAAAUACCUAUAUACACAUUCUUUUCAAGGAAUGGGAUAAAUUGACAGACGGUAUGCCUUUCUUCAGAAUUAAGAGAAAUACAAACAUUUGCCAGAAAGAUGAGGUUAUUCAGUGUCAUUUACAAUGUACUUUUAGCAUUUGUGUCAUUUGUAACAUAAGUAAAUUGUUCAGGGAAAGAAAGCUUGAGAGAUUAUUUUUUGUUAACUUAACAUAAUUUGUCACUGUUUAAAAUAUAUACAUCCUUUAUGAAAAAUAAAACUUAUUUUUAUA